AUGUUUGAGUUUGAAGAGAUUGUUAUCUCUUAUGAUGAAAAAUUUAACUUUGAAGAGGAGAAUUUCUAUCAAAAAAUCUUUGUUCCGUGCAAUAAUGGGUACCGUCUCGUCAAGGUCAAGCUAAAUGAAGAAGCCGUCCUAGUUAUACACUACCACAAGCACCUCACUCGUACGGCCGGAAACAAAAUAAAAAUCCUCGUCGGUGGACAAGAAGAGGGAGGACCUACCAUUGGGACUAGGGUUGUCAAUGCGGCCUGCUGCGGCGAGAGUCGAGAGGCUUUUGCUGCCAUGCUUGGGGGUCGUACAAGCAUUACUGAGAAUGGGGAAGAGAAAUCUGGCCUGGAAAACGUGUCCAAGCUUAUGAAGGAUUCAAAGCCAAGUGAGAUACUUGGCCAGGAGGAAAGGGCGAAGCCACUAGUCAUGAGGACCAAUGUGCUCUGGAGGUAG